CUGCGCCAUCUGGUGAUCUGGUGUCACUGAUGCCAUGGCCGCUCGCAUCGGCGGCCGCAUCACGUAAAUGCGGCGGAUGACGGGUGCUUGGGUUACGUGAACACGCCUCCCAGUCGCCCAGGAGCCCGAGCAGCACCUUCGGAGCGGUCACUUCGUCCAGGCGAGCCCAGGCAGGGCCGUCCGACCGCACCGGCGGAGGAGGAUGACUACGCAGCUGCCGGCGGGGGACGUCAAGAGUCCCCCGUCCCCCCGGCGGCAGCAGCAGCAGCAACCGCAGCCCCACCUGGCAGCCCCCCGGGGCACCCCCAAGCACAGCAGGCCUCCCGUCACACAGCUUGAGUUCAGACAGGCGAUGCGUGACUUCCGCAGCAUGUUUCCCGAGAUGGAGGCGGGGGUGAUAGAGGCGGUACUGCGAGCCAACGGAGGCGCUGUGGAUGCGACCAUCGACCAGCUCCUUGCCAUGGCGACGGACAACGACAACGAGCGCCUGCGCACGGAGCUGGAGGCGACGGAGAACGCGGAGGCGCCCCCGCACUACUCGCCCCCCGGGGGCCCAACCCCGCCCCCAUCCUACCAGCAAGCCACUCGCCCUAUGCACAGCCACAGAGGUGAAGAGCAACCGCAGCCACAGCCACCCCCCACAUCACACCGAAGUCAGUGGAAGCCGCCACUGCUGGGACCACUGCCUCCCACUUUCCUGCGGCUUACACCGAGCCCCGGACCCUCUCAGGGCGAGCUGAGCUCAGCGGUGCUCCAGCAGCGCAUGGAGGAGAAUGCGCGGCAGCAGCGGCGUCUAGCGCAAGAAGGGGGCCCCUGCGGGGACCUGGCCCGCUUCCUGGAGGACGAGCGCAUGGCCAUCCUGCUCCAGAACCAGGAGUUUGUGCGCCAGCUUAGGGGAAACAGGGACUUCAUGACCACCCUGCACAGAGACAUCCAGGACCAGGAAAUGGAGCAGAGCGCUGGCCUGGUCCCCGACGACGGGUCCCAGGACGGGUCGGAUGAAGUGGACCCCUGGGCACACCACGCAGGAGGCCCAGACUCCGAGGAGGCUGAUGCCGCCUUUAAGGAACGCCUGAAGAGCAUGGGCAAAGCUUCAAGGCGCAAGUUUGCUCAGCUGGCUAGACUUUUCUCCCGAACAAAGAAGUGCCACUUCCGACAAAUGCUGGGCGAGGGCCCCAACCCUUCCCGAGACAACCUGCUGCUGCACGAAGACUCCUGCCCGGAGGAGGGCAGGGCAGAGCCCGUACCCCAAGGAUCACCUCCUAGCCCCCAGUGGGGCACUCAGGAGAGGCGCCCCACCCCCGACCACUGAGGGAGACGUCGCUCGAGCCCUACGGACAAGGCAGCCCGGCAGCUGGACCCCGUCCACAGCACGGUUUUUCCGUGACCCGGCAUUCUCGGCUCUCGAAGCGCAGCUGGCCGCCCGCGAAGAGACUCGCCACUCAUCUACUCAACUCGUCGUAAUGUUGUUGGUCCCUAGCAUGCUUCGCCAACCCACCUGCUUUCGCGCGCGCCGGGCAUCGUAUGUCAGUCGAAACGUGCCCCGCCACCCCGCACGAGAACGUUUAGGCGACUCCGAAACGGUGGGGAAAUAUUUAUUUUUCAACUCUGCGGGAAUUUCCUUCCCCACGUUGGCUAACCCCCUUUACUGCCGUCAUGAAUGCGGCUUACCACCUGCUCCGUUGGGAAUCUGCAAAUCAAACGCAAGCUCACACCCUGGACAAAGGGGACGGACGUGCGCAAGCCCACGCAGCGAGGGCAGCCUCGAACAAACGUAUACGUGACUUGCAGACAAUGUCGGUCCCCCGCUUGUUCUUGUCGACAAAAGCUUUGGUGAUGCAAAAUGUAAGCUGCAGAAGGCAUGCAAUCUGCAGCAAAACCGCCGCAAUGGCUGCUGCUGCGACAUCGGGGCAAGCCACGUAUAAAAUUGCAGCUUUUGAGAUAGUGCGAGUGGGCAGGCCAAAUUUAUUUGCUGCAGCAAAAGCAUAGUUCCCAGGUAAAGUGGGCUCGUAGAGGAAGAAAUCCUGAGCAAAGGAUGCUGCUGAAAGCGUACGUCCCAGGGAGAUGAAAGAAGUUCAGUUUGUUGCUUGGCCGGUGGCAGGCACCUUUCAGUUGCCAGGAUCGAUCAGUCCCACCGCUCACCUUCUUCUACCACCGUUCUUUCCCACGACUCCUAGCUGUAGUCGGUGUACGUGAACCUUUCUAGUUUCCCACUUUGUGCACAUUUGGAAAUUCUGCCGUGGCUGCCCAUCAACCGUGAUAGCUUGCGACACUCGUUCCGUCGAGUGGCAUUCCGCUGCGGUUUUGUCCGGUUACAGGUCUCACAACUCUACAAAACAGCAGUGAAAUCGCUCAGUGUGGGAAUCGACCUGAAAAUACUGGUGCACUCGGGCUGCCUCCGCUCUAUUCACCAAAACAGGUGCAUAAUAUUUAUCGUGAAACGAAUGUCGGAAGACAAGAAGUUGCCCCUAGGGCGCACGCCCACCAAAACAAAGUGUUCCGUUAUAAAGAUACGUACGUAGCUCUUCUACACUCAGUAUCACGCUUGGUGUGCAACGCCUUGAAAGCCACCGAUACGAGCAUGUGGCUUCAUCUAGUCUCAUUUCCGCAGGAGCAAGCUCAAACGAACUGCGAGACCACGUCACAUGCUUGUGCCAGCAGCUUUCACAGCGCUGUACAUUGAGUAUGAAGCAUAGUUUUAUCGUGUCGGCUUAGCCACAACUCCCGGCGACUCAUCGCUCGGUUGGUGCCACCUCCCAGCACUUCCUGCGCGAGCGGACUAGCCACCCGCAGACUGUGUAGUCCUCUAGUUGUAAAUAAAGACACUCGCAAUGCCAUCGUCACAAUUUUAAUGUCGGUAACUUUCGAUGCAUCGUCCACGGGACCAGUCACUAGGGUCGCCCGUUGGCUCACGGCCCACGGGAGCAAAGCACGGCGGAGGGGCAUCACCACAAAGCGUGCGAUCUUCAACCACGGACAGCUGCCCGACAGGCACAAGCCAAAGACGCCUCCACUUGGGGCAGUCUCGCGCGCUUAUGCGACGGCGUACCGGCCCCUUUAAGGAUGUGCUAGGUGGGUCACUGAGGCAGUACAAGCAGAGCCCUAAAGGAAUUUAAACAAAUCGAAACCUCCAACUGUUGAGAAAUGAUUGGUCCGUGCAUUCGGCUACCGUGUGAAGGAGUGCAACUGGAAACUGAUCCAUGCCUCUGCUCUUCGAGCUCGCAGGGAACAAUCUUGUGUGAAGGUGAACAGAGCGUGCACUCUAGAUCUGCUUUUCCCACGGAAGCGAAUUGCAUAGACAUAUUUUCUCAAUACUUCGGCAUUAAAAAAAGGGGGGCUCUGCUUGAAUAAAGUUAAGAUCCUGCAGGGCGAUGCUCUUGCCAAAAUUGUCUCGCUUCAGCUUCAGAAAUGGCCAGCAGCUAAAAAUAUUCAACUUUCAAAACACACGUUGGACUCGUAUGAUGCCUAUUCAGCGUGGUCUCGCUUUCAUGUACGGGGAGACCUACUUUAUUUUUGACUGCUGUUGUAGUAAACAUUAAUUGAAUGUUUUAUUUGGUUUCAGCUAGUUUGGUCUUUAACACAUUUGAUACAUUUACCAGGCUUUUCUUUUUUCAUUUUGAUAAAGUAAGUUGGCUGACAAGAGUAACACCCUAAGCGAGCCAAAUUCUAAUAGUCUCCCCCCCCCCCCCCUCUAUCCCAGUAGAGUUAAUACAGGCACAUGGCACCAUGCCAAACCACCUCAUUCCAAACUACACAUCGGAAGAACACAACUUUACGUCAGUGCAACACUGCAGGGUAUUGCAAGCUUGCCGGCCAUGACCGAGCAAAACAAUGCUGGCCUCAUCCAGUCAUUUUUGGCAAACUUUGUUCGUAAUGUGGCAAAACAAUGUGGCUCUCAUUUACAAAGGGGGUAGGUUGGUGAUCCUGCUACUCUGGCAUCCUAAGAGACACAAACAGGGCAGUCGUUUGGCAGGCAGGCCAGACUCCUCAGAAGUGCCAUUCCAGUAGAGGCCAUCAGAGAUUCUCGGUGGUGUGAAUGAUUCACGUAAAUUACUCGUUCACAACCACUUAGAGCUGUUUAGAUCUGGACUGUGAAACAGCCUCCCUCUUCCAUGUUUAGCUGGGAUUGCAGAUGCAGCGGCAUGCAAGCUGCUGGGCUGUAGAGUCGUCACCAAGUGUGACACUACGCCAGCAUGCACAAUGAUAAGUAAGGCAAUAUUGCAGAUCAAGCUAUAAAAAAUUCCUUUUCUUUUUACUAUCUGUCAUCUGCUACGCAUCUACUAUAGUCUGCUGUAGGUUAAAAAUAGCACAAUAAGACCCCCCACUUCCCCUCACAAAGAUCCGUUUCCAGUGACUGGUUGUUUCCUUCUCUAAUGUUCGCUCUUUGCUAAAGGGGAAUGGGCAGAGGGCUUUGUAGGAAGAACUUGUCCUGGUAUUCUUAAACCUGCAACAGACUGUAGACAAAUAGCCAAGAAGAGUGACCUAAAAGUGUUUCCAUUUCCUUGUUUUGCUUAAAGAGCAACCCCGGUCAAUAUUUUUUCAUUCGGUUUUGCGACCGUUUUUAGCUAAAGCAGUGUCCCUGAAUUACAAGGUAUAAUUCUUCUUUCAAUAUUGUGUGUAGUCCUAAAUACCAUGGCUCAAAGUUUGGUUUCGGGCAUCUACGGCAAAACCAAGACUUUCUGUUAGAGGGAUGGUAACUCUGAUCAUCAGCCGUACGGCCGCGAUGCGAUGUUGCAAGGGUGCCAAGUCUCAGUACAACCAUGCAACGCGACAUCGCAAGGGUGCUGCACCAGUGUUCCUCGACUAAAAGCUAACCCGCUUGCCACCCACUAAAGAGUGGACGGUCGCAUCUUUAAAAUCUGUAUUAUUGGGGUACAUGGCUUCACUUUGAUGUAAUAUUUCGGCCGGGAUCGUAUUUUGUGCCACUAAAGCGAUACCAGUAAUUUUUUUUUAUUGCGUUUUCGUACUGGAGUUGCCCUUUAAUGUCCGGGACACCUCAGCAUUCCGCUUUUUACCUAGCUGAACCUUCAAGUUUAUACCGCUCCUCCCUAUUAAAUUUGGUUUUGCGCCAACUCCAGGUUUUCCUCAUACUUGUUUUAUGCUUCCGCGAUGACUGCCGUGAAAUGGAUGGAGGCAAGUAUGAGAAAGUGAAAUUUCUCCGAAAUCUCCGCACACCCGGAGAGAAUAACUUGCAAGCAUUUCACCGGCCUACCUGCCAAAAUGCCCAUAUGCGAGCGCCUUGGAAUGUUUUGCAACAUGGAAUUACAUUCAUGUUUGUCUCAAAGCCAGGUUGGGCAUGCCAUCACCCAAAUUAAGAGUUGUUAGUUUUGUUUGGGCUAAGACCCGGCUCAACUUAGAUUUUCACCCCCCACGCAUUUUCAAAAAAUGGCACUUCUGAAACUUUUCCAAACAAGUUCUACCAAAAAUAGUUGAAAACACAACCAAAUAUGCAUCAUGACUAGAGCCCAAGUUAAUCUCGUCAAAGCAACCAGUGGGCAUUGCGCCAAUAAAAUGCAAAAACUUCUAUAUAGAUAAGUCUGCAAUUAAAAGUCAACCUCUUGACAAGACAGAAAAAACCGGCAGCGUAACUCAAUCUUUUAAAAGCAGUUUAAAACCCAAAGGCCUAUUACAGUUAACAGGUUAGGUAUACAGUAGAAGCCCAGCACACGCGCAGUGGCCUCUGUCGGGCUUUGGCUGCACAUGCACCGAAGUGCCAUAGAAGAUGGAAAGGUAAUGCUGGAGGCAGAACAUUUACAGCACUGUUAACCUGAUACUGCCGGAUUAUUUAUAGCCCACUGGCAGCAGAACCUACAACCACUGCCUGGGCUUGGUUGCACCUAAGCCCAGACUUCGCGACCCAAUGAGCUGGCAUCGUUCACUCUCCCCCUUGGCGAUGACGGCCAACAGAUGCUGCAGAAACCGACCGAAUGAAAAUAACCAACCCCACCUCAUUCAUUGAGGCACUUUCAAUGAAAUUAAGCAAUUUAGCACAUGGGGAAACAGCAGCAGCGAGUGCCACAGCUGCACCAACUGCACCUGAACUCCCUCCGUGUUGCACAGCAGGGGAACGUUGUGUGCAGUUUGCAAUUGUCAGAUUGAAAGCCACUGGGAUUUCUGCAGGCUGUGGCACAAAUGCCCGUUAACCGGAGGCACUUCACUUGCCAGCAGGCAUCAAGCUGACCCUCGCUUCGCACACUAGUGAGGCUCAAACGACAUUUCGUCAACAGUUGGUAGAAUGACCAGCACCGAAGACUUGGACGUUUUGAGAACCAGAUGGACACCGCCAUUAAUAUUGCCCCACUACAGAGCUUCCAAGUCGUGCCACUUCAACUAAGCUAAGGGGACAGUUAGGCAGAAUGAACUGACCAUGAUUGAAUGUUGGUGGAACACUUGGUUAUUAGACUAAAAAGCAACACUGAAAAACGACACCGACAGUAUGGAAAAUUGACUUGAAUCUUAGGAUAUAUUUUUAUUUAGUCCAAAAUUCUCGACACGGUUAGGAGUUGGCAGAUCACUGUGCACGCAGAAUUUCACUAGAAUUCAUGAAUGGUUCGGUAUGAACUCCACCCCCUAUCGUUGGCAACCACCUUGGAGGCUCACAAAAACAGUUUUCUUUUCUGAACAUGGUUUCCAAACUUACGAUGAUUGACAUUGUGGUAAAUGUAAAGUUUGAAGAUUUAGGUAGAACUAAAGAAAAAUGGUGGACAUUUUAUAUUAUGCAAGCUGGCUCAAGCAUAGCCCAGUUAAAAAGUUAUA